AUGAGCACUCGUCAAAAACCGGGCCGAAAACCUCGUAUUUCCACAUCCAGCCUACGAGGCAAAAAAGCGAUAACUUUUCGACAAAUGGAGAUAAAAUGGGAGGAAAUUAAAAAAUUAUUUGAUUUCAAUAUACCGUGCGGUCGUUUGGCUGCUAUUGUCAUUAAAGCUUUAUUGAUCGUCGAAAAUCGUCCGAGUACGGUUACCGAGAUUACAGAUACGUUGAUUGAUUAUGGCUUGUCUGAACACGACGCUGCGGAACCAUCGAAAAGUAUUGGCUCUGCGCUCACAAAAUAUUUUCGAAAUAAACGUAAAGGGGACCCAUUAAUUAGAGAAAUUGGAGAAAGAGGACGUUUCUUUAUGAGCUUGGAUAGAAACCAUCCUGGCAUUGCAAAAUUUUUUCCACCAACAAAAGAUACUGCCACCACGACAAUAACGACAUUUAAUGAGUCAACAAGCGAUGAAUCUAUUCCUCCUCCUACUAUCACCGCUAUUACUCCUGUUACAAGCACCACCAAAUAUCCACUAAGACGUGGGAGAGGAGAAAAAAACAAUAAUAAUUCUAAUCGUAAUUUACGUUCCUCUUCAGCAAUUACGCCGUCUAAGAUAGUGAGAGAUACCUCUGUUGAUGAAUCUCAACAAAAAAGCGUAAAGGGGAGAAAUUUUAGAAUUGGAAGAUAUAGUCCAAUUUCAAUAAAGAAAGCAUCACCACGAAAAAUUACAAGCAGCAGUAACAAUAAUAAAAAGAUUAUAGGCAAUAGAACUAAUAAUAAUGUAAACAUUAAUGAAAAACCAGAGCCUUCAUCAUCAUCAGUAAAUAUAGUUUCUCCUAGUCGCAAGCGUCGAGUUAUUUUAGAUAUUCCAGAAUCGAUUUCGCCAAUGGAAGAGGAUUCUGAUGUUUCAAAUUCUGAAGAUAAUGAAACCACCACCUCAUCAUCGUCAGAAUCUUCGGCAUCCUCGAUUGGUAACCAUAAUUUACCUCAAGAAUUAAACGUUGUUCCAACACGUCGUCUGUAUAAUUUACAUAACGGACAGUCUAAUGGACAGAUUGUUUUGACUUCUGAACAGCAACAAAAACUCCUUGAUGCUGAAAAUAAAUUUGCACAGAUUGAGUAUUUGUUUAAUUUCGAUUUGCCAGGUGGUCAUUUGAUGAAGCCUAUUGUCAAAACACUAUUAAUGCUCAAUAAUCAGGCUUCUACUGUUGCUGAAAUUACUGACAUCAUGGUGCAAUUUGGCUUAACUGUGCAUAAUGCCGAAGAACCAGCAAAAUCUAUUUCCUCGAGUGUCUCGAAAUAUUUCAAGAAAUUAAAUAAUGAUCCAUCUCCAUUACAGAGAGUUUGGCAACGGCGCCGUGCUACAUUAUUACUUGAUGAAUCAAUCGAACAAAUAGCUCGAGUUCUAAAUCGUCCUAAUAUUUAUCUUACUUCGCCUGGCGGCGUAGACUCCAGCGGAGAAUCAAUUUAUGAUACUGCAUCAGAAAUGAAUUACGAUCCGAAAAUUGAUUUAUUCACACGGCAAAAUGCAAAUCAAAAUACGAAUCAACAUGUUGAAAUGUACUCAAAUUGGCCGCCACCAUCACCAUCACCUUCUCGUUCCGCUUUUUCGAUUUAUGAUCAUUCUUCAGCAAUGGAUAUUAUAUCGAUUAGCCCUGCUCCCAUAUCAAGAAUCACUGUUCCUGCUGGGCAACAAGUCGCUUUGACUCAUGAUUUUCAUUCGAGAGCUUUUUCGCGGAUGGACCCUUUCAUAGUUGUCGUACAAGAAGACAUGUGCAACGUGUUUUGUAUUGUCAAGAGUUUAGUGAGCUUUAUUGACACGAGUUCAAAUAUUGUUUGGGCUGUAUUGGAUCAAUUUGAAUUUGUCACCUCGCAAUAG